AUGUCUACAUCAGAUCGAUAUGAUAAAGCAGCACAACUUCGUGGAUCUGUCAGUUUAUUUGUACUGCUUGGUAUCACCUGGGCUUUGGCGAUACUGGCAAUCAGUGAGGCUGGUUUGGUCGUCAAUUAUUUGUUUGCGAUUGCCAAUACUCUUCAAGGAUUAUUUAUAUUUAUAUUUUUCUGCGCUUUGAAGAAGGAUGUCCAGAAAGAGUGGAGAAACAUGUUUUGUUCAUGUUGUCAUCGUCCAUCUGGUUCUGCAGAGUCUGGUUCAACCUCUGCAAUGAAAUAUCUUCAUCGAGAUACAGAUAAAACAGAUCUCAAAUCAGAGCCUUCAACAGAAAAACAUAUCUAUAACAACAAAUCAUCGAGCGAGUUUUGAACAAUUGAGUGUAUUAUAUCUUCUUAAACACGUGUUAUUCUCAAUGCAGAAUAUUGGUCCUAUAUACUCAGAAAUAAAUCAAUCAUAGCCAACUGACAACGGAUUUAGAUAUUAUUGAUUUUGUGUAUUUUAAUUUUAUCCAUAUGAAGAAUUAUAAAUAAGUUUAAAAU